AUGGCGUCCAACCGCGAUGGGAUCGGCUCCCAUUAUCAUUUCGAUGAAAAAGGCCAAGAUGUGGAAAAGUCCCCUUCCACACCGGAGAUUCAACAGAUCGAGGGUGAACAAGUCGUUCUCGCCGACAAGCUUGCUCGGAAACUAUCUGCGCGUCAAGUGCAAAUGAUCGCAAUCGGUGGCACCAUUGGUACGGGUCUGUUUUUGGGAACAGGAAAAUCGCUGGCUACAGGUGGUCCGGCAUCGAUGCUUAUUUCAUACUCGAUCGUGGGAGCAAUUGUGUUUACAACCAUGUUGGCGCUAGGAGAAAUGGCUUCGUUUAUGCCAAUUGCCGGCUCUUUUUGCACCUAUGCAGGACGAUUCGUGGAUGAUUCGGUCGGAUUUGCACUCACCUGGAUUUACUGGUUCAACGACGCUAUUGCGACAGCGGCUGACUUGGUUGCAUUGCAAAUCCUCCUGGCUUAUUGGGACGAAAAUUUCCCUGCAUGGGCGUUCAGUUUAAUCUUCCUUGUAAUCCUGAUUGCCCUGAAUAUCAUUACGGUGAGGGCAUACGGUGAGGUGGAAUACUGGCUGUGUAUUUUGAAAGUCGCCUCUGUUAUUAUCUUCAUCAUCGUGGGUAUUGCAGUUAACUGCGGUGCAAAUCCUGAGAAAGAGUACAUCGGUUCAAGAAACUGGCGUAUUGGCGACGCUCCCUUUGUUGGUGGUAUAGGCGGCUUUGCUUCUGUCUUCGUUACCGCUUCUUUUGCAUACGGAGGAACCGAAUCCAUUGCCAUCACCGCUGGAGAAACUCGCAAUCCAACCCGCAAUCUUCCCCGUGUCAUCCGCAACGUCUUCUGGCGUAUUGUGAUCUUUUACAUCCUCGCGGUCUUCAUCAUCGGUCUCGACGUUCCAUACAAUUUCCCCAAUCUCACCACUAGAGGCGCUGCUACCAGUCCCUUCACCAUCGUCUUCCAACUUGCCGGAAGUACUGUUGCAGGAAGUUUUAUGAACGCAGUAAUUAUGACCAGUGUCAUUUCAGCAGGCAAUCAUGCUCUGUUCGCCGGCGCGAGAUUGAUGUACACCCUUGCCGUGGACGGGCACGCCCCUGCGUUCCUUGGGCGUUUGACCAAGAAGAAGGUCCCGUGGAUAGCCGUACUGGUCACAUCCGCAAUCAGUGGCUUGUGUUUUGGCGCCAGUUACAUUGGCGCAGGUCAACUAUGGACUUGGCUUCAGAACAUCGUCGGCGUCUCUAACCAACUCUCUUGGCUUUUCAUUGGCGUCGCCUCCCUUCGGUUCCGCCGCGCCAUCGAUGCCCAAGGCCUAACACACCUUCUUCCCUUCAAGAACUGGACCUAUCCUUACGGCCCCAUCAUCUCCAUCUCCCUGAACAGCGUCCUCAUUCUUGUCCAAGGCUGGUCCUGCUUCGCCCCACGCUUCAAGCCCGUGGAUUUCGUCAGUCUCUAUGUCCAAAUCCCCAUUAUGGGACUCUUAUAUGUGGUCUGGAAGUUGGUCAAGAGGACCAAGUGGGUAGGUCUCAUGGAGAUGGACCUGGUCACCGAUCGGUGGGACGGCGGACGUUUCGGACCCGGAACGGGUGCUGGAGCUACUGCCGCGGCGAGGAGAGGAGAGGAUUGGAAAGAUGAGAGGACAUGGAAUGGGCCACAGGGCGAGAAGACCUUCUGGGAGCUGCCGUUGCAGAGUAAAGUGAAGAUGGUAGGGCAGUGGUUGUUUUUCUGA